AUGUCUAAAGUGCACGUUAUCGACCUGGAUAGUGGCAAUUUACAAUCAAUUAGGAAUGUUGUUGAGUAUCUUGGGUACGAAGUGUACAUUGUAAAGAGGUGGGAUGAUCCGGAGCUGAAGUUGGCGAACAGGCUACUACUGCCUGGUGUUGGUAAUUUUGGUCAUUUUCUCCAUAACAUGAGAAAUAGUGGAUUUGAGGAGCCAAUUAGAGCAUAUAUUCGGUCCGGUAAGCCUAUAAUGGGUAUUUGCGUUGGCUUGCAGGCUUUUUUUAAAUCUUCAGAGGAAGCACCAGGCGUAGAUGGGCUGGGAUUGUUUGAUAUGAGCCUCACUAGGUUUGAUGAUACAUCAAAGCCAGUUCCAGAAAUAGGCUGGAAUACAAUCAAAUUGACUCCUCAGUCAUUUUUUGGCUUAGAUCCUUCCCAAUCUUACUAUUUUGACCACUCAUAUGCUGCAAUUGUGGCACCAGAACAUGAUAAAGAACGUGAGUUACAGUGCAAGGGCUGGCAGUUUGCAACCACCAAGUAUGGGGAUGAAAGGUUCAUCGCCGCGAUUAUGAAAGAUAAUGUUUUCGCAACGCAGUUUCACCCAGAGAAGUCCGGUAAAGCAGGGUUGCGUGUCAUUGAGCUGUUUAUUAAACAGGAACAUCCUCUCCCGAAAGUCCUGGAGCCACAUCAAACGAAUUUUUCUAGUGACUAUUCAAAUUAUGGAUUAACUCGUAGAGUAAUUGCCUGUCUAGAUGUCCGGACGGAUGAUAACGGCGAAUUAGUUGUAACAAAAGGUCACCAGUACGAUGUGCGCGAAGGCUCAGAUGUUGGAACCAAAGGUAAAGUAAGAAAUCUUGGCCAUCCUGCAGCCUUGGCUCAAGCCUACUAUGAUCAGGGAGCGGAUGCGAUAACAUUUAUGAAUAUUACCAGCUUCAGACAUUCACCUUUAGAGGAUACAGGGAUGAUCGAUGUACUUAAGUCGGCUGCUCGGACUGUUUUUGUUCCCCUAGUAGUUGGUGGAGGCAUUAAGGAUACCUUAGAUAAAGAAACUGGUGAAAUGAUCCCUGCGUUGAAGAUUGCUAGUAAAUAUUUCAUGUCAGGUGCCGAUAAGGUGUCUAUUGCAUCUGACGCCGUGAAAGCCUCCCAAAGGUACUACGAAUUGGGAGGACUAACAGAUGGGAAAUCAUCAAUUGAAAUGAUUUCAAAGGCUUAUGGUUCACAAGCUGUUGUUGUUUCUAUUGAUCCAAAGAGAGUUUACGUCAACGAACCACAGGACACUGUUAAUAAAACUAUUAAAACCAAAUAUCCAAAUGAACAAGGUCAAGAUUGGUGUUGGUACAUGUGUACCAUUGAUGGUGGAAGGAAAUCAACCAACAUUGGGGUAUGGGAAGUGCUUAAGGCUUGCGAGGCUCUAGGUGCAGGCGAGAUCCUGUUAAAUUGCAUGGACAAAGACGGGACAAACUCUGGUUACGACAUUGAGUUAUUAAAGCUUGCAAAAGAAGCUGUCAAGAUUCCAAUCAUCGCUUCUAGUGGUGCCGGCAAGCCCGAUCACUUCAGAGAAGCAUUCAUAGAAACCACUGUUGAUGCCUGCCUUGCUGCGGGUAUGUUCCAUAACGGGUCAUACACGGUACGAGAUGUUAAAGAUCAUUUAUCCUUAAACGGUCUGAAGGUUAGAGUCGAACAAUAG